AUGGAAAAACCUAUCAUCCAAGAUCAAUACCUGGCAGCGAGGGCCUACUUUCUCUGUGUCAUUGGAAUUCUUUUCCUCGAGAGCAUCAUCCGGCUUCCUGCGCGGUUUCGCAGCUUGACACAUCGCGGCCGCCCAUUCAUCAAAGCAUCAUCAUCAGGCCACACACGCUUAGGUGUAGCUCUGCACAAGCUAUUGACUCUCCCAUCGCCCAUCCCCAUCCUCACCAACCAUCAUGCCGCCAAUUUCCUAAGAUUCGCCGUUCUUCUCGGCCUCAACAUCUUAUUCGGAGUAAACGACAACGAGUUCACCACCGACUUCAAACUCUACGGGUGGCUCACAAUCGCCAACGGCGGCAUUGCGCUCCUCCUCGCCGCACGGACAAACCUCUUCUCUAUCGUCGCCCAGAUCCCAUCCCCGGUUCUUCUCGUCUACCACCGCUGGAUCGGCGUCGCCACCAUGGUCCACGCAAGCAUCCACUUUGCCCUGAACACCCAGCACUACAUCGCCACUGACCAACUUGCUGACUCGUUCUCCAACUUGCGCAUCCAAGUCGGCGCCAUGGCAUGGGCGUCCCUCGUCCUCAUCUCCCUCACCUCGGUCCCCAUUAUCCGCCGCCGAUUCUUCGAGGUCUUUUACUACUCCCACGCCCUCUUCUUCCUCUUCGUUGUCGGCGCCCUCAUCCACGCCACCAAAGGUCCUGAAUUUCUCCUACCCGGGCUUUUGCUCUGGGGUUGCGAUCGCUUCCUCCGAUUCUACUACAACUUUCGCUCGAUCAACACGACCGCUGUGCAGAAUCACCACGGAGACGUCGUCAAGAUCAAGUUCAAAGGGAUGAAGCCGCGGCAUCCGGGCCAAAUCACCUGGGUCCAGAUCCCAAGCGUAUCGUUCCUCAACUGGCACCCCUUCACCAUCGCGUCUGCACCCCGCGAUGAUGAUGCGACGCUGGCGAUCAGAGGGCUGGGCGGGUACACGAGGAAAGUCCAGCGUAUCGUCCCGGGUGAUGGAGAGACGAGCAGCGAGGACGUGACCACGUGUCAAGCCAUGGAACCCAAAAUGGGAAAGCUUCGCAUACGACUGGAUGGACCGUACGGCGUCGGCCGAGUCUGUUGGGGCGAGCAGCCGCUCACAGUCCUCGCUGCCGGCGGCAUUGGCAUCACUCCCGGCAUCAGCAUUGCGACUCAUCUCAUCAAGCGAGCAGCAUCUGCCGAUGCCUAUGCUCUGCAAGGGAAGUCGUGGCAUAUUCACGUGUUAUGGGCCGUCAAAGACGUCGAGAGCAUUGAGUGGUUCGGCGACGAGUUGAGAAGUCUUGCUUCGUUGGCUGCCGAUCCUGGUGUACCUGCGACUCUGAAUAUUUCGAUUUACGUCACGGGCAGAGGAGCUGUACGGGCGGAUGAUGGGGAGGACGGGUUCGCAAUGGUUGGCCGACCCAGUCAACAUGACGUUCCAGGAGAGUUGAGGCAAGGCCGUCCGGAUGUGCUGGGAUGGUUUGAGGGAGUGAGGAGACUGCACCCCUGUCUGGACGCAACCGUCAAUGUUUGUGGUCCCAAUCAACUCAUCCGGGAUGUCAGGAUCGCAGCAUCCAAGGUCAGCUCUACGAAGAGUACGUUCUACGUUGAAGAGGAAGUGUUCGAGUUCUAG